AUGAAGGAAGAAGAUAAAGUUCAAGAAACUGGACUUGAAUCUCAACUAGCUUCAUGUUUUUCUUCCUCUUGCAAAACUCUUGUUUUCCCUUCUAGGCCUGGCUAUGGAAAACUUGGGACAAAGUGUGUUGUCAAAGCUAAUCACUUUCUUGCAGAUAUAUCAGUAUCUGACUUGAGCCAAUAUACUGUUGUUAUAACUCCUGAAGUUAACUCUAGAAAAACAAGAAAAACUAUCAUAGGAGAGUUAGUGAAGCUUCAUCGAAACACCGAGUUGGAAAAGAGACUCCCGGCUUAUGAUGGUUCGAAGAAUCUUUACACUUCCGGUCAGCUUCCGUUUACACAGAAAGUGUUCAGUAUAGUAUUGAGUGAGGAAGAUGAGGCAACUUGUAGUACAAGGGAAAGAGAAUUUGAGGUUCAAAUCAAGUUUGCAGCUCAUGUUAGCAUGCAUCAGUUACAUGAGCUUCUCAGUGGGAAAAAAGUUGAUACUCCACAUGAAGCUCUUAAUAUCAUUGACAUUGUAUUGAAGGAGUUUGUAUCUCAUAGCUAUGUAUCGUUUGGGAGGUUAUCCUAUUCUCCAGAUUUAAGAAAAUCACAUCCGCUGAGUGGUGGAUUGGAAUCAUGGCGCGGUUUCUAUCAAAGUAUAAAGGCUACUCAGAUGGGAUUAUCACUUAAUGUUGACAUGUCAUACACGGCGUUUAUUGAACCAGUCCUUGUGAUUGACUUUAUAGCUCAAAUAUUAGGAAAAGAUGUGCACUUAAGGCCAUUGUCGGACGCAGAUCGCAUCAAGAUUAAGAAAGCCUUAAGAGGUGUGAAAGUAGAAAUUACAUAUAGAGGAAGUGUGAGAAGGAAGUACAAGAUAACAGGAUUGACAUCACAACCUACAAGGGAACUCAUUUUCCCUUUGGAUAAGGAAAUGAAAAUGCAAUCAGUAAUUGAUUACUUUCAAGAAAAGUAUGAAUAUACAAUCAUGUAUCCUCAUUUACCUUGCCUUCAAGUAGGAAGUCAAGAGAAGUUGAACUAUUUGCCUAUGGAGGCAUGCAAGAUAGUUGGAGGUCAGAGAUAUUCAAAAGGGCUUAAUGAGAAGCAAAUAACUUCUCUGCUAAAGGUCUCGUGCCAGAGACCACGCGGAAGGGAGGAUGAUAUUCUACAGACAAUUCACCAAAAUGAUUAUAAUUGUAAUUCUUAUGCAAAGGAGUUUGGUAUCAGCGUAGACAACAAGCUUGCAUCAGUCGAGGCUCGGGUUCUUCCUGCUCCUUGGCUGAAAUAUCAUGACACUGGAAGAGAAAACAAAGUCCUGCCACAAAUCGGUCAGUGGAACAUGAUGAACAAGAAAGUUAUAAAUGGAGGAAAAGUAACAAAUUGGGCUUGUAUCAAUUUCUCAAGAAAUGUCCAAGAAAAAUUAGCUAGUGCAUUUUGCCAAAACUUAGUUCAGGCAUGCCAAAUGUCAGGCAUGGAAUUUAGUCCGGAACCUGUGAUUCCUGUAUAUUCAGCAAGACCAGAUAUGGUUAAGAAAGCCUUGGAGCAUGUACAUUUUGUUUCUCUAAACAAACUUGGUGGGAAAGAGCUCGAGUUGCUCAUUGCUAUUCUUCCAGACAAAAAUGGCUCUCUCUAUGGUGAUCUUAAAAAAAUCUGCGAAACAGAUCUCGGGCUGAUUUCCCAAUGUUGUCUUACAAAAUACGUAUUCAAGAUUGGUAGACAGUAUUUGUCAAAUAUAGCACUAAAGAUCAAUGUCAAGAUGGGAGGAAGGAACGUAGUACUCAUGGAUGCGAUGAGUUCCAAGAUUCCAUUGGUUAGCGACAUUCCAACGAUAAUUUUUGGCGCUGAUGUAGCUCAUCCUGACUCCGGAGAGGACGUUUGUCCAUCUAUUGCAGCCGUUGUAGCCUCUCAAGACUGGCCGGAAAUAAGCAAGUAUGCAGGAUUGGUAUGUGCUCAGACUCCUCGCGAGGAGCUUAUUAAAGAUCUUUUCAAAUGUUGGAACGAUCCACAGCAUGGUAUCGUUUAUGGCGGCAUGAUCAGAGAGCUCUUGCUCUCAUUUCAGAAGGCAACUGGAAAAAAACCACAUAGGAUAAUAUUUUAUAGGGAUGGGGUAGCUGAUGGACAGUUCUACCAGGUUUUGCUAUACGAGCUCGACGCAAUCCGCAAGGCUUGUGCGUCUUUGGAACCUGGUUACCAACCCCCAGUAACAUUUGUGGUGGUUCAAAAACGGCAUCACACUAGACUCUUCCCGAACAAUCACAACGACAGAAACAGCGCGGAUAGAAGUGGGAAUAUCUUGCCAGGUACCGUGGUGGAUUCAAAGAUAUGUCAUCCUACAGAUUUCGACUUCUACUUGUGCAGUCAUGCAGGAAUUCAGGGUACAAGUAGAGCAGCUCAUUAUCAUGUUAUAUGGGACGAUAACAACUUCAGUGCCGACGAGAUUCAGUCUUUAACGAACAACUUGUGCUACACUUACGCGAGAUGUACGCGAUCUGUUUCUGUAGUGCCUCCUGUGUAUUAUGCUCAUCUGGCAGCUUACAGAGCUAGAUUCUACAUGGAACCUGAUGUGCAUGAAAUUGAAAAAUCACACGCUACGAGAUCGAAUAUCGAGUCGGUUCGGCCACUGCCAGCUCUGAAAGAGAAGGUCAAGAAUGUAAUGUUUUACUGCUGA